CAACAACACCAUCCCUUUGCAACAACACAGCAGCUACUCAGACCCACCGUAAAGAUGCUGUUUUCGUCCUACGGUCUCUUCGCUGCGGCGAGUGGCCUGCUCUCCCUCACGUCGGCGCACAACAUUCAGAUGAAGGCGCACCAGCGCGAAUGCUUCCACGAGCAGCUGCACAAGGACGACAAGAUGACAGUCACCUUCCAGGUCGGCGAUAGGGAGUUUGGUGGUAGUGGAAACUUGGAGAUUGACUUUUGGAUUGAGACACCAUCUCGCAGCUACCAAGUCCACGAGCGCGGCGUGUCCUCUGGCGACCACUCCUUCGACGCAGCGGAAGACGGCAAAUACACAUACUGCUUCAACAACGAGCACUGGGGCGCAAACACAAAGGAGGUCUCGUUCAACGUUCACGGCGUUGUUUACGUGUCUGAAUCGGAGGCGCCGCAGGAUCCCCUGGAGAAGGAGGUGCGCCAGCUGUCAGAACUCGUUUCGCAGGUCAAGGAUGAGCAGGGCUACAUUGUCGUUCGCGAGAGGACACACAGGAAUACCGCUGAGAGCACCAAUGCGCGAGUCAAGUGGUGGAGCAUUUUCCAGCUCCUUGUACUCAGCGCAAAUGGCGGGUUCCAGGUCUGGUGGUUGAAGAGGUUCUUCGAGGUCAAGCGUGUUGUCUAAGGUUGCCACUGCUAGCAACCACGACUCGCAAGUAGCAUUGAACAUUUGGCGUUUAAGCGUAGGCAUGGAUACCUGGGAAAAGUAGGAUAACAGGCGCGCGGAAACCAUGGGCGGCAUGGAACAGCUCAACAAUUGCAUGACUUCCUCGCAUUAUCCCGUUCGAUUGCAACUCCUCCAGUACUUCGGGACUUCAAUGAACCGCAGGGACUUCCAAGAGCUAGAACGAUAUGAAGAGGUCGCUGGGGGCAGCGAGAUUCGCUUCAGAGUCAUGCGCGAACCCAGUUGAGGCUGAGACAGUGUCUUGUUUUUUCGUUGACAGGUCAUGUGUAUCGUUCACAAAGACCAACUUUAGAACGAGAUGACUCCACUCC